CGGUCCGGCGUUCGUAUUCCUCUCUCUCUCUAUUCUCUGACGCGAGGACUGGUCUCACAUGACUCUCUGCAACCCACGUAUCCCACCACACCCAAAAUAAGUUUUCUUUCCAAAAUCAAACCCUCUCUCCUUCUUCCCCGGUUAAAGCUCUCGCCUUUAACCCUCUUCAUAUAAACACUGCCUUUUCCUCUCCUUCUUUAACCCAUCUCUCUCUCUCUCUAGUCUCUCUCACUAAGCUUGUCUUAGUUUUUCUUCUUGUAUUCUAUACUGGCUCUCCCAACAAUGGAAGCUUUCAGCCUGCUCAAAUACUGGAGAGGCGGCAGCGGCGGCGGCGGCGACGGAGGAGUAGUCGGAGAUCAUAAUAUCGGCGUUUCUGCUUCUAAGAAUUCGAAACCCAUUACUUCUAACGGAGUCGCCGACGACGACAACAACGAAGAAAACGGCAACGACGACGACGGCCCCUUCUUCGAUUUGGAGUUCUCUGUCAACGACGACGAUGAAGAAGACGAAGACGGCGUAGAAGAACAAGUUGAAGAAGCCCAAAAAUGCGACGAAGAAGAAGAGGAAGAAGAUGAGGAUGAGGAGAGCGAGUUCAAAUUCACUCUCUCCUCCGGCUCCAGCAAUAAUGACCGUACGGACGGUACUGAUAAUAUUCCAAACCUGUCUCUGUCUCCUUCCGACGAUCUCUUCUUCAAGGGAAAGCUUGUUCCGAUCGAGAGUUUUCCUUCUGAUCAAGAUCAACCAAACUCAAAGCCAGUAAUGCAGUUUCCCGUUUCGCUUCUUAAAUCGGCCACAAAGUUUCGUGUCUUCAUGUUAGGGCUGAAGAAAUCCAAGGCGAACAGUAGUGUUAGUACCUCCACCGAGAAACCAGAAUCUGCAGCCACUGCCGGAUCUUCUUCUAAAGAAGAGCAGCCGAAAAAGCGAAAGCAACAGCAAGCUGGGAAGUUCUUCACCGUCAAGUUCAAAGUCGAAGAAGUCCCGAUUGUCUCUCUCUUCACCAGAGACAAUAGUUCAAGAGUUUCUUCGAAGCAGAGCUCCGACAACGAUUCUUCCUCCUCUUCCUCUUCGUCUUCGGACGAGAAACGUUUCGCCAAGGAAGUAAUGCAGAGGUAUUUGAAAAUGGUGAAGCCUCUCUACGUUCGCGUCUCGCGGCGGUACGGCGAGAAGCUCAGAUUAUCCGGCCACCUCAGCCUCAAAGCCUCUCUUUCUAAAUCUCCGUCGCGGGCGCCGGCGGAUACGGCGGAGAAGAGUUCGGAGCCGGAGGUGGUUUCUGAAGCUCCGGCGAGCAGUAAUGCGAAGAGCUUGAAGCAGGUAAACUUGCCGGCCGGACUCAGAGUGGUCCGCAAGCACUUGGGGAAGAGCCGGUCGGCUUCGGCAGCGGGGCCGGCGGCUGUUGCGGUGACGCCGCCGGAAACGGCGUCAUCUAGGAGACGAGACGACUCGCUUUUGCAGCAGCAGGACGGUAUUCAAAGCGCCAUUUUGCAUUGCAAGAGAUCUUUCAACGCCAUCAGAGAUUCGGAGGCUUCUUUGUUGUCACGGUCUGUAAGCGAUCCUUCAAGAAAAUCAUCAGAAGCGGCUAAAGUUUGAUCAACGGUCGUGAUUGGUUUUGUUUCUACAUGGAAAAAGGGAAACUCAUUUCUCAAAAUCAGACCGAAAAGUGAAAAAAAAAAAGGGGAGAUAAUGAGUUUAUUUUAAAUAUAUGUUAUGUAUAUUUAUUUAUAAUUAGUCAAUCUCUCCCUUAUGUAAAUUCAGAUAAAUCUUUCAAAAGGGUUGUUCAGUUAUGAUGACUAAUGAGUAGCAAUGAAGCUUCCCUAUCUCUUUGCUGCCAUUGUAAAGAUCCACUUUUUAUGUGAAAGUGAAAGAAGAAGAAGAAGAACCAGAUCUCUGUGUCUAUUACUUUGUAAAAUCAGUAGUACCUUCGAAUUAUUCAUGACAACCCAGAAAUGUUAUAAUUUUCUACUCUCCCAAUUAUUAUUAU